GUCUGUCGUAAUUUUGGCGCGGGUCAUUGUUAUGAUUCCUGAAAUAUUGGAUAAAUUCUGUAUUUUUUCUAACUUUGAACGAUCCGAAAUGGAUGUCAAUUGAAACUUUGGACAUUAAUCUAAAAAUAUGACCGAUCAUUCCAAUGAAUAGUCUGCAAUUUCAUCGUAUGGUUCAUCUCUGAAAGUCAGACAGAUGUAGCUAUCAAACCAAUGGUAAUCAUGAAUGGUGAAGUUCCAAGUGUUCCCAUUACAACACUUGCGGGAAUUACAAGUUUGACAGAUUUGCUACCAGAGCUGCCGUUGCCAACGCCAUUGCCAUCAACAGUUCAGAACAAAAGUCUGCUCUAUCAUGCCAGAUUAGCAGAAAGUGCUAAGAGACACUUGUCUAAAAGAGAUGAUGGCUUGACUCAACAGAUCGUUCAUGCCUUGCGACAGACAUCUACUGAUCAUAUAGAGUUGAAGGACAGUCUGGUGGGUGAUAGUAUAGAAGGUGAUAUACCAGAGCUGUUACGUGGAGUGCUAGCCACUGAUCCAAAUGUAUUUAAAGGGACAAGGAGCCAGACGAGUGGAAGGAGUAGCACUCGUAGUCAACAGAAACAGCAGUCUUCUGUGGCACCCUAUCCUGUCCAGAACUUCCAGCCCUUCCCACAGAAUAACUCCCCAAGAAUUAACCAACAGCACAGUCCUGCCAGGGCAACUGAUCAUGCAGGAUCUUAUCCCCAAAAUUCUUCAUCCAAGUUCCAACAGUCCUUUCAGAACUUUGCACAGACAUCAUAUUCCAAUGUCGCAGGUACCAUGAAUGGGGAGCACCCUGGCACUCCAGAGGGACAUUACAUUGGUAGGAAUGUCAACCAGAAUUCCAGAAACACAGCACCAGUGGCCUCCCCUGCCCAAGCCACGGUCGCCGAACCAUUGAUACCAGUCGCAAAACAGCCUGAAUCAUUGAUGCCAAAAAACACCACAGCUAACCCCCAGAAAUACCCGCCAAUGAAGCAACCCAUUGUCCUUUUGGAGCAACUGUCACACCCUUCCCUGUCCUCCCAACCUAGCAACAAGAAGAAAAGUGCAGGUCAACCAUUUGUUAUGUUGGAGCCUCUAGAUGAAAAGGCUAAAGUGGGUAAAAAGACCCUUAAAUCAAUCAAAUAUGGAGGCUCAGUGAAAGCGAAGUCUGAUCGGAGAUCAGGGAGCAAGAGACGUUAUGAAGAUGAUAACGAUGGCUACUCCUCGAGAAGAAAGAGAAGAAGAAAUUACAAUGAAGAUGACGAUAGUGAUGUGGAAAUGGUUGAAUCUGAAUCAGAUUUAGAAAUGGAAGUAGUUAGAAAGAAGAAAAAGGACAAGCGACAUAAGCGGGUCAACCAACAAGCUCUGUCAGUGGAGGAAUUACUGGAGAGUCCAACCUUCAAGAAGUUUAGCACGUCCAUGGAAUAUAUCCUGGACUCUGCAGAAGACAUCAAUUUUGGAUCUCUGGAUCCCAAUGAUGAAGACACAGAGUGUCCACCAGAAUCUCUUAUAUCUAAACAAAUUCUUACAGAGCUUGUAGGAGAAACAGCCAAACUGAAGUCUAUGGGUGUAUUAAAUCAGGUACCAGCUGACAAGCUUGUAAAACUAUUAACAGUUCUACAGUGGAACAUCAGAGAUGGUACCAAACUUCUACCCAACAUGACACAGGACAUUGACGAUGAAGAGGAACAAAAACUCUGGCGACAUUUAACUAUGGAGAGAGUGAUGCGGAGCAUGGACUCGUCGCUUACUGCCUUGUACAUCAUGACUGCCAAGGAGAUGCCCAAAAACGUUUACUUAGAGGAUGUCAUUGAGAGAGUCAUCCUGUAUGGGAAAUUCCACUUACAGAACACAGUUUACCCGGAGUAUGACCCGGUGUACAAAAUUGAUCCAAAGAAAGAUGGCUACCACACAAGUUCUAAAUUAAAACGAGCCAGAGCAGGACAAGUGAAACACAAGUCCACAAUCAACCUCUACAAUAAAAUGGCAGAUCUGGUGGAUAACCUGGGACAGUUGAUUGACAUCCAGGAAAUGACAGACACCACCAUAUUACAGGUGUCAACGUUAGGAGUAUCCCCUUUCUUCGUGGAGAAUAUUAGUGAGUUGCAGUUAAAUGCAAUGAAGCUGGUCACGACAAUCUUCACCCACUAUGAAAAACAUAGGCAGCUUAUACUGGAGGACAUAUUUGCCAGUCUGGCAAGGUUGCCAUCAAGCAAAAGGAAUCUCAGGAACUAUAGAUUGAAUUCGGAAGAAUCAAUACAGAUGGUGACAGCAUUGGCUCUCCAGCUAAUUCAGUGUGUGAUUAAGCUGCCAUCACAGACAAACUCCGGACCAGAACCACUGGUAGAGGAGGAGCCAGCCCCAUCUUCUUCCAAACGAGGACACCAAAAUCAAAAAAAGAAAAAGCCGGAGAAUGAACAAGAUAUAUUAAUUGUUACGUCCUUUGAGAAUGCCAUGCGAACAGGAUACAACUUCCUUUCAGUCUUCUUAAAGAAGUGCACAGUGAAAGGUGAGGAAGAUUAUCGGCCUUUGUUCGAAAAUUUUGUCCAAGAUCUCCUUGCCACAGUCAACAAACCAGAAUGGCCAUCAUCAGAGCUCAUGCUUAGUCUCCUCGGUAGGAUCCUGGUAAAACAGUUCAGCAAUAAAUCUGUAGAUAUGUCUCUCAGGGUAGCAUCUUUAGAAUACCUGGGCAUUGUAGCGUCCAGGUUACGGAAAGAUGCUGUGUCUAGUCAACUGAACCAGGAAUCCAUAGACGAGAUUGUCGCAAAGGUAAAUGAAGUGGAUAGUGAUGAUGACACCCCACGACGGUCCUCACGGGGAGGCAAGAAUUCACCUGUGCCGGAAGGUGCAAAUGAUUCAGUGGAGGAUCAGACUCAGAGCUUACAGAAAGCCAUGUUAGAAUAUCUCACUUACAAUAGUGAGAGUGAACCAGCAUACUGGUUUGCUUGUCAGUUCUAUAUCGCUCAGUGGUACAGAGAUGCGACAAUGGAAGCUGAGAAGUCUGGGGCUGCUCAUGAUGAAUUUGAUGAGACAGAAGCAGAGAUGACAACAGAAGUCCUUCAGAACACAGAACGGCGCAAAAAUUUCCUUCUGAAACAAGUGGAACUCACAAUGGUGGCACACAAGUCAGGAAGACCGCCGCCGAGCAACCUAGAACAUGACAGUGCUUGUUUGAUAGCCAGAUACCUAUCCUCAAAACGGCCAUUUGCACAAAGUUUUGAUAUUUAUUUGACACAGAUUUUGCGGGUACUUAGUGAAACAGCUGUGGCUGUGCGGACAAAGGCAAUGAAAUGUCUGACAGCUGUAGUGGAGUCAGACCCAGGUAUUCUGGCCAGAACGGACAUGCAAAAGGGUGUCCAUGGCCGGUUCCUAGAUCAAUCUACGAUGGUAAGAGAGGCAGCAGUGGAAUUAGUAGGGAGGUUCAUCCUUAUCCGUCCAGAUCUCAUUCCCAAAUACUAUGAUAUGUUAACAGACAGAAUCCUGGAUACAGGAAUCAGUGUGCGCAAACGGGUGAUAAAGAUCUUCAGAGAUAUUUGUAUAGAACAGAGUGACUUCCAAAAAAUUCCUGAAAUGUGUGUGAAGAUGAUUAGGCGGGUAAAUGACGAGGAAGGCAUCAAGAAACUUGUCAACGACGUGUUUCAGACAAUGUGGUUCACUCCACUAAGUACCCGAGACAAAGAUACCUCAAAGCUGCUCCAACGGGUGGUGAAUAUCACAGAUGUGGUCGCAGCAUGCAAAGACACUGGUUUUGAAUUCUUCGAGCAGUUGUUAGAAAAUCUUUUGAAGAAAGAUGAGGAGGGAAACUACAACAAGAGUGCUGUGACAUCGUGUCGACAGAUCGUAGACUGUCUGGUGGAAAAUGUCCUCUCCCUUGAGGAGCGCAGUGUUGAUGUAGACUCUGUGAAGGGCUGCAGUCAGCGAUUAGUGGCGUGCUUGUCUACUUUGUUCCUGUUCAGUAAGAUCAAACCAGACCUGAUGAUCAAACAUGCCACCACACUACAGCCAUACCUGGACAUCAAGUGCAGUACGCAGGGUGACUUCUACGUACUGCACUAUGUGGCCAGGAUCUUGGAGGUGGUUGUGCCAUUAAUGGAUCAUCCCAGUGAAUCAUUUCUUGCCCAGUUAGAGGAGGACAUGAUCAAAUUAAUCUUAAAACAUGGCAUGAUGGUGCUCCAGAGUUGUGUUCGGUGUUUAGGUGCUGUUGUAAAUAAUGUUAGCCACAACUAUGCCUUAGUCAAAGACUGCUUCCAGAAGUUCUUUGGUGUGUUGUCACGUCUAAUGGCCGACCACAGAGAAGACCCAGACAAUGCUACGCUGAAAAUAAGAAAACCGACACUCCUCAGGUCCCUGUUCACAGUUGGGCUUUUGUGCAAACACUUUGAUUUCGAUUCCAGUGAGAUGGGUGAAACCAAGACAUCCGUGAAAGACAAAGUGUAUGAUGUUUUGCACUACUUUGUUUUCCAUGAAGAUGAGGAAGUGCGCACCAAAGCUUUGACAGGUUUAGGGUUUCUGUUUGUACGUCAUUAUGAAUUCAUGCUUGGUGUGAAGGCGAAGACACUUUAUGUUGACUUUUUAUCAAACGACCACGCUCCAGUUAAAUUAAAAGUUCAGGUGUUAAAAAACCUUCAGUAUUAUCUCCAAGAAGAAGAGGUCCGUAUGCAAAAGGCAGAUGCAGAAUGGAGGAAACAUUCAAAGGAGGAAGAUUUGAAGGAAAUGAAUGAUAUUCAGUCCGGGAUGGCCAGUACAGUGAUGCAAGUAUACCUGAAACAAGUGCUGGAGUCCUUUUUUAACCUGCAGUCCCAAGUCAGAAUGGCAGCUCUCAGUGUGAUAAACCUUGUCCUCCGGCAGGGGCUGGUACACCCUGUCCAGUGUGUGCCAUAUUUGAUAAGCUUUGGAACUGACUCCGAACAAUCAAUCAGGGUGAAAGCAGAUCAGCAGCUACAGGAGAUAGAAAAGAAAUACCCUGGCUUCAUACAUAUGAAGUCACUACAUGGACUGAAGUUAUCGUACCGCCUUCAACAAAUCCUUCAGAACGACCAUUCAAAACCAAUUCGUGGAACGAGAUGUCCAGACGAAAAUGUCCAGAGUCUGAACGCAUACUUAUAUACAGUGCUGCGCAGUAACCGCCCCCAUCGCAGAGCUAUCCUCACAACACUUCUCAACUUGUUUGAUGACUCUGCGAAAAUUACGUUAGCAGAACAGGUGUAUAUAGCUGACAACUUGUCCUUUUUCCCGUACCAAACUCAGGACGAACCUUUGUUCAUCAUCCACCAAAUAGAUAUCAUAGUGUCCGUAUCAGGCUCCAACCUGCUGCAGUCAUUCAGGGAGAAGCUGUACGGCAGUGAGCGGGAAAACCAUGGGGGUCUUGUAAAUAACCAGAAUGGAACACAAAAACCAAUUGAUGAGGAGGAGGAUGAUGACCCAGAGGCUCUGCUAGAGCGCCUUCCAGAAUGUAUCCAGCCGCUGCUAGAGAUUUGUCGGUUCUCUCAAGGUUGUAUCCUAUUGCUCCAUCUCAAGCAGCACUUAAAAGAACUGUAUGGUUUUACAGACAGCAAAAUUCACAACUACUCUCCGGCAGAAACCAAGUUAUAUGAUAAACCUGUUGCUAGAAAGUUUCUGGUCAAGUUUAAUCCAGAGACAGUCUUAGAAGUGCUAGCUGAAGGCACACCAAAAUCUUCAGACGACAUCGAAGUGCGGACAAAACUAGUCAAUGAUUACUUGGAGUUCAAGGAGCUGAUGUUGUGUAUAGACCCACCUGACGACGAGGAAAGUGACGGUGAGGGUAAGACUGGCACACCAAACCCUGCCAAGCCAGAUGCAGCGGGGACAGCCAACGCCCCCGCAGGCACAGCGAGCGAGGCAGCUAAGGAGGGCACAGAGAGCAAUCCUGUUGAUACCGAUGCUAACACAGAAGCAAAUUCCAGUGAGACGAGCAAGUCUCACCACCCCCCACCACCGCCCACACAUCACACAGGACAUCAUUCAACACAUCAUCACUCACUAUCAUCAAGACUUUCAAAACACCACCAUUUACUACAUGGCACAUCCGAAAAGAAGAAAAUAAAAAUUCAAACACCCUCAUCAACAAGGACUUCAUCUAGUACAUUUAGCAGUUCAUUUUCAUCUACACCUAAAUCAUCGUCAUCAUCAAGAGACAGAAAGAAACACAAAAAACGAAAGCGGCGAUAUAAAAGUGACAGCGAGGACGAUAGUGAUGAUGAUCCAGAUUUCGUGUUAUAGUUUACAGUGAGAUUUAGUGAUGCGUGAAUGCUGUGCGGAUGUAUCAAAGGCAGGAAGAAUACCUUGCAUACUUGUUCAUUGGUAUGCACAAUAUUUUCCAAGGAUUAUUUCUUCAAAGCAGUGUGGCUGUUUUAAAAGAUCUUUAAGGAAAGACCAAAAUCGUAAAGAAAGCAUGAAGUUUUACCAUUUGAACUCGGCAAUAUAUCUUUUUUGGACCGAAUACUACUAUUCUUGUUACCUUUUUUAUGCGAACUUGUUUUUAAGAAACUGUGUUUCUAUCAUCCAGGGAAUAUUUGUUUUACAUUAUUGAUUUUAAGAAUUCUUCCAUUGUUUUAGUAAUCUUAAUAAUCAACCACUUUUUAUAGGAUGGAUUGCAGUCUUUCAGAAAACGAGAAUGGUACAUAUGAUAUAGGUACUAGAAGAUAAUGAUGAAGUUAUUGGUAAAAUAAAUUAGAGAGAUUAAUUUUUCUUUCUUUUUUUUCAGUUAUAAUCCACUGAAAUAAAGAUUUUGUGUUUCUCAACAUUUUUGUACCGCUGAAAACCUUUCCAAAACGCUUGAAUUGUUCAAAAUUCAUCAUUUUAACUGACAUGAUAAAUUUAUGCUGUCAGUAUUUGAAAGGAAUCUCGCAUACCAAUAUCUUUCAUUUUAGGGUUGGACAUUUUGAUUUUUGAGUUAAAUUGAGAUCAACCUGUGCCAAUCCUUUUAAUGUUUUUUUUUUUUUUUUUUUUAUGAUGUAUGGGACUAAUGUUAAACGAAUGCUGGAUGUGUCUUUAUCUUACAGUAGUUUAAACAGUCUGUGAUAUGCACUUUUUGUUCUAAAAGACCCAUUAAUAUCAAUAAACUUCAACUAUGAUCAAGACCUGAAUGGAUAAAAAAAUAGGUUAUUUUUUUAACUUGUUCAAAAUAUGCAAGUUAAGUUCUUAAAAGGACGACUGAUUCAUUGACUAACUAUAGCUAUUGAAAUAAAAAAAUCUAUUUAUCUACUUUCUCAGUUUGAUAAGAAUCAUUUAUCUUGGGGAUUAAAUCUUUUUGACAGCUGUGACAUUUAAAGAAAGGAAAUCAGACUUCAUCAAAAAGUGUAAUUUGAUCAUGGAUUGAUGAGGAAGCUGGGGCAAGUUUGCAGUAGAUAUACAUGAACUAGGAAGGUUAAAACAUUUCUUUAUUAUCUUUUACAGUGUAGCCAAAUAAAUCAAAUGUUUUCGAUAUAAGGAUGCAUCAAGUCUUGAUAAGACGUUGGAGUUUGCUAUGUGGCCUUGCAAAUCCUUCAAUUUGCUUUCCUGAUUAAAAGCUUUGAAUCUAAGAAAAUAGCCUUGAACAGACUUUGAUUAUGCAAUCCAGUGUUUUAUACAGAUAACUACCUAAAGGCAAAGACAUAGGGGAUAUGUCCUUUCAAUCCAGAUGAGAAGCACAACUUGUUUUUUAAGUCUUAGAUCUGUGAAUUCAAAGAUGAUGCUUUCAAAGGCAAAUUGCAUUUUGUGUUUCAAACUGAUGAACCUAAAGAUAUUGGUGAAUCAAUGCCAAAAUCAUCUAUAAAAGUUUGCUGGAAAAAUUAUCUUUGUAAAAUGUGAUUUAUUCUGAAAGUUCCUUUAAGAAUUCAGUUUUUGUUUGACCAGCUUUGUAUACACACUGUAGUAGUCUGUGCUGUUUUGAUUCUAGGUGUAGGGUUGAUCAGCAGGGUAAAUUUGAUUGCAAAAACCCAAACCAUGGUAAAUCAACUAAAUUGAGAAACUCUUGAAAACAGCUCAAAACAACAAGUAACAGCUUUAAUAGCACGACCACUCAAGAUUUCUUCUUUAGGUUGAAGUAUUUCAGUCAUGUAAAAAGAGUAAAUUCAUUUCAUAUAUACACGUACUGUGGUUUUUACAACAAAGGUGAUUUUGCUUGUCAAAAUAAGAUAUGAUGAUGGUCUUUGUGUAUUUGUUUAAUGCCAAAAUAACUUUAUAUUAAUAUUAAUGAUCGAAUGGUUCAAAUUAAAAACAUAAAAGUAAGCAGAGUUAAAGUGACUGAUGUAACCAAAGGUUAGCUGAUACCAUAGAAUUGACAAUAAUUCUGCAUUUCAGGAUGAAAUGAUAGAUUUAUCUCCAACUCAGUUACAGUUGUUUUAAUUCAUGUAUAAUGGAAAGUUAUGAAAUCUGUAAAUUGGGGGGAAAUGAUUUGCUUUCAAUUGAAGGGAAUUUUUUCUUAAGGGCAGACAUUGAACUAGUUGUACUUUUACUGUGUAACAUCUUUGUAUGUAAAACAUGUAACUUUUGUUGGUUGUGAAACUUCCUAAAUUUUAGUUGUUAUUAUUGUGAUUGUCAUGGCCCUGGUGUUCUACCUCGUCACACUCGAGAGAAUCAGCAGCACAACUGGGUCAAAUAAGCCUAUAGUUUCUGACUUGAUUACCUGUAAUCUUCUUGAAAUAAAUGUGUAUCGAUGUCAAAUGUCUGUGACAAACAGUUGUUCAAAUCUAUCAAAAGAAAGCAGGCUUUCAGUUAAGAAUUUAAUCAAGAAGUAAAAAAAAAUAAUGCAAGAUAUUUUUCUUAGCUGUUUGAUGAAUGUAUCUGAAGCCAAGCCUAACUACUUGUGUGGAUGCGAAAGUUUGUGAUACAAAAUGGACAUGAAAGAAACCGAGCAUAAUUGUUAUCAACUACACAUCCGAUCAUUUUUGUCCUAUUUUAUAGUGUAAAUAUAGAGUUGUUUAUGUUGUAAAUCUGCUGCUGUUCAUGUUAUUCAUCAAAGUUAAAUACUGCAUAUUUUAUCAAAACUUCAUCCAAUUGCCUCUUUUUUAUCAAAUGUCAUGUUUCAUUUCAUUGUAAGAAAUAUAUCAUUUUCUCACCCUGUAAAUCUAUAGCUGUCAUGAAGUAUUUAUUUUAUUAUAAAAAAACAGCCGUUGACUCUUUAACAAUUCAUCUUUCUUAUUGAAUCCAUUGAAUCACAAGUGAUGUCUUCAUUCCCAAAAAAGUUUGUGAACUGAGAAAGUAGAUAAAAAAAAGUUAUUUGAAAUAAUAAAAAAAAAGUUAUAAAUUU